ACACCUCCUAAACAAUAAAUUUAUUUCGUUUUAUAACAAUAAAAAAGCAAAUCCUUUUCUUCCCUUUUGUUGCACACUACAACCGGACCAUUUCACUGCUCAGAAAAUAUUGAAAAAGUCUAUUUCACAUGAUUUCCAAAGAAGAAGCUAGCUGCCUAUUCUACUGCAAACCCUUCGAUGAAAAUAGUGCUGAGGAGUGCUUGAAGAACAUUGAAGCAUCGCCCGAAGUCGACCUUUGCUAUACUAAUAAUUUUAAUGAAGCUAUGCUCAUCUGCAAGUCUCGAAUAUAUGGCGCACCAAAUUUCUAUAAACUGUAUAAAUCCAAACAAGAAAUCGCUGAAGAAACAGCAAACAAUGCAGACAAGAAAAAUAUCAUAUUUGAAAAUGAUAGCCAAAUUGUUGAUUUCAUCAAUUACGUUUUCAGACCAAAAGAGGAAAACCUUUGUGAUCCACGUUACAAGUUAGCAACUGUAUAUGACAAGGAUAUUAUGUCAGUCAUCUGGAAAUUUAGUCACAAAUCCGACAGCAAAACCCCUUUAGCAUUCAGUCAGUGGUUGAAUGCACAAAAGGUUGACCUGACCUCGACUGAACCUGAAAGAAAAAUCGUAAAGACAGACAAAAAGGUACUGAAAUUAAGAAGCAGACAAUUGAGCACCCUUGACCAUGUGUAUUAUGAUACCGUCGCAGAAACUAUAGUUGAAAAAUUGCCAAGGCAUCAAUCAAAAAUAAAUGAAAUGAAAAAAGAUGGAUAUCAAAUUGUGGGAUAUUGUAGGAAAUCUGUAGGCGAGACAAGAAACAGAAUCGCUUGUUUGCAAAGAAUGGUUGAUAUUUUAUACAAAAGAUCAUUAGUAGACAAGGUCUUUGUUUCGCCUGUUAGUUUAGCCAAGCAACAGUUUGCUAAACGUGAUCUAGAAGAUGAAAAGAAUGAAAUCAUGUCUAAAUUAAACAAUACACAUGGAUGUACAAUAGACUUUUUAAAGUUUCUAGAAAAAAAUACUAAAGUUUGUGUAAUAUCAAUCGAUUAUGCUGGCUUAACAACUAAUAGUAUGGAUCUCAAAAACUUGUUAAGAGAAUACCCAAGUCUCCAGAAAAUAUUUAUUGAUCUCUUCUUUUAUGAAAACCAAUUCAUAUAUUUCGAUAAUGAACAACUGCUAAAUAAUCCUGAACAUUUAGAAUUGUUUGAUUGUCGCCCAAGCCCUAAACAAAGGGGACGCUAGGUAUAAUAUAGCAACUAGGGCAUAGAUUUUUUUAUUACUUAAACUCGAUUUUAUGGCAAUUAAAUGUAUUAUAGUUUAUUUAAAUUCGAACUUCUAAUCUAUCUUUCUGACUAAAAUAUGAGCUGGUACGAUAUCUUUUGUAUAUCAAAGGAUUCGAAUUGAUUCUUUCAUUACACUGCAAAAGAGGUUCAUAUGGAUCUUCUUUGAAACAAACGUCGACAUUUGUUGUAUCCAACAUCAUAUUACUCUUGGAUUAUUGCAUAAUCUGGGUAUUUCCAUACCUUCUAUAAUAAAUAAACGAAUUAGACACACAUUCAACUACUAGACACGUUAUUAUGAUCAUA